GUCAUAAUUAUUUCUCGAAAAAGUACUUAUGUAGUGUUUGUAUUUAACUAAUAAUUUUUUUUUAAAAGAACAUUUUUUAUGAUGCCGUGCCUUCUUUCAAAAAAACACACACACACACAAACACAAAAUUUUCCUUUUCUUAUCAGUGGAGCCCGCCUUUUUACCUAGGUUUAUUGGGAUAUUGCCCCAAAAUAAGCGGGUUUCCUCGUACUAUUAGAAAACCCACAAAUAUAGUAAGAUUAUAAAAUUAAUUAAGGGCACUUUCAAUCGAACUGUGACUCUUUCAUAAUUCCUUCUUUUUCUCUCCCUCAUACAUGAUUUGUCCGUACAUACAAGUUAAACUCUUUGAAUUUUAGUUUUGAAAUUAUUUUUCAUACUCAUCAAUGGAGAGUAAUUGUGUGCAAGGGAAAAUAUUUGUUGGGGGAAUAUCGGCGGAGACAAGUGAAGAAAUACUUACGCAACACUUUAGUCGUUAUGGAGAAGUGGUGAAGUCACAGGUAAUCAAAUUUAGGGAGACUAAUUGUGGAAAAGGUUUUGGUUUUGUUACGUUUGCCGAUUCUUCUGUUAUCAAUCAACUUCUUCAUCAGCAGCACAUAAUCCUUGGAAGAACGGUUGAUGUUAAAUUGGCAAUACCUAAAGGUGCAAGUCCUUGUUCAGAAUGCCAACAAUCUCAAAGACAAAAUAGUGAAACUAGCAAUAGCAACAGAAGAAAGAUUUUUGUUGGUGGAUUGCCUCUUAGUUUAUCGGAAGAAGAAUUUAAAACGUAUUUUGAAAAAUUUGGAACAAUUUCACAAGUAAACCUUAUCUCCGAUAAAGAAACCAAAACGCCUCGAGGAUUUGGGUUUGUCACUUAUGAUUCAGAAGAAUCUGUAACACAUGUAUUGCAAGAGAAACUUCACUGGUUGAAAAAUAAAUAUGUUGAGGUCAAAAAAGCAGAGCCAAGGGAACGGAGAGUUAUGAAUAGUUAUUAUCAUAAUUUUUACCCUACAAAUUCUGGCAAUGGAAUGUGGCAAAUUUAUGAUUGUAAUAAUGGGAUUUUUGCCCCUCAUUAUUGCCACAAUCAUACUAUGGUACCCACUAAUUGGACUAGUUCGUUUAAUCAUUUGGGUACAAAUUUAUUUGUUCCCCCACAGCCUGUGGUACCAUAUUUUACCCCUACAUAUCCAGUCAACUGCUACGGUUCAACGCAUAGAUAUCCAAUCAACUGCUACGGUUCAACGCAUAGAUAUCCAGUCAACUGCUACGGUUCAACACAUAAUCAAGUGGAUGAUAAUAGGGGCUCUUACUCAACUUUUGCUCAGAAUAAUGUGAUAAAUGAAGGGAAUGACCAAGAAUGCAAUAAUACUGAGGUUCAACUUGUUAGAAAUGGUUCACUUCCAGUUAAUGAGAGUGCAAAGCCACUAGAGAAAGAAACAGGCAAUGGUGAAAAAGAUGACUUGGAGAAAAUUCCCCAGGACAAUACAAAAGAAAACAAUGGUGAAAAAGAUGACUUGGUGAAAAUUCCCCAGGACAAUACAAAAGAAAACAAUGGUGAAAAAGAUGACUUGGUGAAAAUUCCCCAGGACAAUACAAAAGAAAACAAUGGUGAAAAAGAUGACUUGGUGAAAAUUCCCCAGGACAAUACAAAAGAAAACAAUGGUGAAAAAGAUGACUUGGUGAAAAUUCCCCAGGACAAUACAAAAGAAAACAAUGGUGAAAAAGAUGACUUGGUGAAAAUUCCCCAGGACAAUACAAAAGAAAACAAUGGUGAAAAAGAUGACUUGGUGAAAAUUCCCCAGGACAAUACAAAAGAAAACAAUGGUGAAAAAGAUGACUUGGUGAAAAUUCCCCAGGACAAUACAAAAGAAAACAAUGGUGAAAAAGAUGACUUGGUGAAAAUUCCCCAGGACAAUACAAAAGAAAACAAUGGUGAAAAAGAUGACUUGGUGAAAAUUCCCCAGGACAAUACAAAAGAAAACAAUGGUGAAAAAGAUGACUUGGUGAAAAUUCCCCAGGACAAUACAAAAGAAAACAAUGGUGAAAAAGAUGACUUGGUGAAAAUUCCCCAGGACAAUACAAAAGAAAACAAUGGUGAAAAAGAUGACUUGGUGAAAAUUCCCCAGGACAAUACAAAAGAAAACAAUGGUGGAAAAGAUCACUUUGUGAAAAUUCUCCAGGUCAAUACUGAAGAUGACACCUAAAGUACAGGGAAUUAAUGGAGUUUCAAGGUGUAUUUAAUCUAAUCUUUUACUUUUAUGAUGAUGUACGUAAUUUGUCGAACUUGACCAACUUUGGUCGAGAAAAAGUCUAAAAUAGUAUUUUUUUCGAUUAAGAUUCAAAGUCAUUUCUAACUUUUACAUGGAGUACUAAUCGUUUCUCAUAUUUGUAAUAUCAGUGCACUUUCAGUCCUC